CACCAGCUGUGACGUUUGCCGCUCUUGUUGUUAUGGGGCAGGUUACACCAACCUACCGUCAGAACAGUUAUAUUGAGAAUGUUAUUGUAGUGACGGGAUGCCGUACCUGGAAGGCGAACAUCUUGGUAAAAACAUUUUGGGGGAAUUUUGUUGUCGGAUGUAUAUUAUUAAGUGCUUUAAGCAUUCAGGUUGCAGAGGGAUCAUCACCAGCUCGCGUACCAGAAAGCUUGGCACUUAGCCGUAGCAGUAACAGAGUUCAUGUGGAUAAACGGGAAGCACAAGUAACAGGACAAGAUGAAAAAGUGGGAUCUCAUUCCAGUCCUGGAGAAACAGAUACUCGUUCAGCAGAAGCACCACCUCAAAAGGAAGCAGGAAUGAAUCAUGUAACAACAGAGGGCAAGAAAUCCACAGUACUUACAACGGAGGAUGGAACGGGAGCAGAGGGUCAGACAUUACAAACUGAGAAUACAAAUGACAAAACAGGGUCUGCUGACAAGGAAAGUCCAGAUGAAACUAACAGUGAGGCUGCAGAUGAACAGACACCUAUAACUGGCCUCAAAGGGAUAUCUUCUGGAGCAGUGUUACGGGGUUUCUAUGUCUUUGUUGCAGUGGGUACCUUUGUACUCGUGUGCAUUGUUAUCAAACUUCUAAGGCUGCGUCGGAGACGUGCGUCACGAAAGUACAGAGUAUUGUCUCAUAAUGAUGAUCAGGAGAUGUUCCCUCUGGCUGCAGAUGAUGGUGAUGAUGAAGAAAUAUUCAAUGCUGCAGAUCACCAGACACUAAAGUAAACACUUUUUGGUUGACAUUGUUUUAAGUUUCUACAAUUUUCAGAAAUGUACCUUCAGUUGUAUAAAAACUUUCUCUUAAAGAAAGGUGAGAAAUACGCAUUUUGUAAUAAAUUAAGCAGAAGCCUGUUUAAAUUAGAUUAUCUAUAUACUACAUGUACUAUAUACAUAUACAGUACAGUAUAUAUACAGUAUACUGUAUAUUUAUUUAACUCUUUCUUUUUCUUUCUUUUCAUGGAUAACAUGAUGAAAUUUGAAGUUGAGUGUGGGACAGUUGGGUGUAGAUAAUAAAGCAGACAUGUCUUCUGGGCAAAGUUUCCAAGCUUUAUAGUGAUAUGCAGUGUGCAGUAUGUAGCAGCAUAUAAAAGAAACUUUGGGCAUUAUGUGAAAUAAACUGUAAGGUUGUGUAUAAGAGGUUGUUUAAGUUUGUAUGUGAGGGAACUGUUUUACAUGUAAGUAUGAAAGAGUUGUUUCAGGGUAUGGGUGAAUCAUUAGUUAGCUUAGGGUGAUGCAUGGCAUUCCUGUCUAAGGUUAUUAUAAAGUUGCAUGAUAAUAAUAUGAAGCAGCAGUUGGAAGCUUAAUGUGAUGUAAUUGAUACAAAACGUUAACCAGAGUGACUGAUAUGCAGGAAGAUGAGCUCAUUACAUUUAAUUAUUGUAGAGAGCAGCAUUUUUAUUACAACUGAAAUUUUGCAGUCAAACUAUAUUUUGAGGAAUAUCAUUAUUUUAUAGGUAAGCAGUUUGAGGUGUUAGUUAACACAGCAUGUCGUCCAUUCUUUGUCUUCCGUCAACUUUUAGUUUCUUCUGAAAAACAGUACAUUAGUGUAUAUUUAUAUAGAAAAUUUAUUAAAAAAGAAAUAGCUCUCAGUUUUAGACAGUUUCUUUUAAGUAAAACAGUUAGAUAGAAAUCGUGUGCAACUUAUUAUGUAGCUAUUAUCAGUUGGUCCUUGAUGAUGAUAUGGACAUUAUGAUAAUUUAAUGAAUGUACUGUACUGUAGUGCAUGCAUUUAAAAGUUAAUGUAUUGCCUGCCUUCAUAAGGAGUUAUUAUGUUGAGACUUUGUGUAUGGCAAAAGAAUUCUCUUGGAUUUGGUGAAGAAAAUUUUUUGUAUUUAUUUAUUUAUUUAUUUAUUGCAUGGGGUUGUAGUUUAGACCUUAAUGAUGUGUGAUAUUUUAAAAAGAAUUUGUGCUGAGUCACACAAUUAGGUCUUUCCAUUUCAGUAUGAAAUAAUAUCAAGUUUUUACAUUUUCCAUAGAUACUGAGUGGUAUAUACAGUAUUGACAUGAUUUGAUGCAUGUAUAAGAUGUGGUUUAUUUUCACCUCUGUUGACAUUGUAGGGGUUUAAGCUUUUAUCAGAAGCAGUUGAAAAUUCAGAAUAUUUUAAUACAGGUUAACUUUCUUAUCUGGCAUUCCCUCAACCGGUAACUCCCAAUUAUCAUCAUUGUUAUAGAAAAAAACAUUUCCCGACAAAGCUCCCAAUUAAUGGCACUUUUAACUGCCAUGUAGUUGUCCACUAUUUCAUGACAUUCAAAUGUGAUUCGCCCAAUAAUACUAAAUAUUAAUCAGAGAAUAAUAAUUCAUGAAAAAAACUAAAAAUUAAUGGCUGAAAUUCAGUGACAGCCAUCAAUUUGGGCUAGAGCUGAACCUCUCACACCCUACCAGCAGCCAUAUCAUUCCAAAGCUGAAAAGAGUUGUGUCAACUCAUAAACACAAAUUAAUUGUUAUUAUAUUGCUAUCUGAACAAAAUUAAUUUACAGGUACAAUUUUGUCAAUAAAAAAUACAGAUAGACAUUUAA